CACGGACCAUUUAAUUGCAUGUCAAUGGCUUGACUGACCAAUGCAUAAUUGGUAGCACCCUGUUUCACCAAUUCACCCCUAAUAAUCCGUUUCUCCAAUAACAUCAUGUUUACUUUCUAAGGUCAUCAAAGAAACCACAGUCUCUGAAGAGUAUGGAGGGCUUAUUCGCGUCAGGCGGUAACCUUGAGGUGUGACUUUCAAGUGAUCUGGGUUAGCUUCACAAUUUUAGUAGACAGCGACCAUUCAAUAAAAAAUGAUUUAGUGAUUGAGAUGGGGUUGGAUGGUACUGGAGUCAGUCUAUGUCAAGAACUCAAUGGAAGGCUGAUAAACUUCUGAAUUUUUUUAAGUGGGUUAUGACACGAGUUUUUACACCGGUCAAUAUAUGUGCUGCAUUAAGUAUUUCCAGAAAUUUUUCGUUCAUGCAAGAGCCUUAUUACCCCUUAUAAUUUCACUCUAGGACCCAGCGCUUACUUUGUUUUCCUUUCAUCUUAGAAGCUCGGAUACGCUAUAGUCGCAUUUGCAUAGUAUUCAUGUGUAAAUAGUUGAUGAUAAGUAAAGCAAAUCACAAAUGAAGACCAUGCUCCUAUCUGCGACGUUGACAAAUUAAAUAAACGGCAAUAUGCCCUCAAAUACCAAAUUCCUCACCUUUGUUUUAGGGAUGGUCAUCACGUUUUCUUACAAGACCUUGUUCUGAAAUAGAUUGAUUCAAGGCGGGUUUCAAAGCUGAACUAUGACCUUGAGGAAAACGUAUGUGCUCAGUCGGCUAAUAAAAUGCCUUCGUUAUAAAAGUCUCAUUCCAUGUCAAAGAUAUUCUUGUUCAAGUGCGAAUUUGUCAAACCAAGAUCCUACUUCUGAUCCAGACAAGUUAACGGAGUUUUUGAAUAAGGCUGAGCGUUCAACAACUGAGGAUAAAAAUUUCUCUGAUAAUAGCCAAAAUUCUGUAUACAAGACGAAUGAUGAUUCAAAAUCAGACGUUGGUCCGACUUCAAUUUCCAAUUUUCAGGAAAAUUCUAGUAAAAAGGAUGAGUUUGAAGAGAAAAGAGCUGUGUCUUCAUUUUCAUUUGUUCCAUGGACAAUGAGUUUAUUUCUAAAGGAGAUGGAUAUUUCAAAGUUGCUUUCUGAACGUUCAAAAAGUUCAGAAAAGUCUUUUCAUACUUUAUUGCGCUAUAGUCCAUUUAUUCAGCUUGGGGAUUUCAGGUCUCGUGAGCUAAUUGGUGUUGUUAUUGACAACGUGGAUGACACUGAUCUUUACAUAGAUUUUGGUGGGAAAUUUCACUGUGUUUGUCAUCAACCGGCUAACCAAUUUUAUCCACGUGGAAGCUUAGUGCGUAUACGCUUAAAAAAUCCAGAGUUAACAGACAAAUUUAUGGUAAACACUAAAGGCGUUUCAAUUUUUGAAGCAGAUGCUGUACUUCUAGGACCGUACAAAGGCCGGCUUGUUAAGACUAUACCUGAAGAAGAAAAAAUGAUAACAACAAGUGCAGAUGGUGUUAAAAAACAGCGUCCCUCUACAGAUGAAGAUAGUGUGGCCUUGGAACAUUGGCGCCUCAAAUAGCAUUUUGUGUAAUACUUUUCCUUUUGUAUAUACAUGUUGUCUAGACUAAGUUAGCCAAUCAUGUAAUUUCGCCAUUGUAUAAAUGAACUAGUUAACCUUUGACAAGAUUCUUUUGAUGGGACUGUUUUAGUUUUUCACUCCGUUUAAACACCAUUUACUUUUCACACAGUACACUCAUAAUAUGCACCUCAUUUAAUAAAAUAUAUUCCCAAACAAUGCAUCUGUAAAAUAAUAGUCAUUUGUGCUAGAUUUCCUGUGAUGUUGGAUUACACCUUGUUGUUAGAUUUUAGUUUUGUUGGUUCAAUUAGUAGUGGACAAUCGUCGAAUAAAAUAUGCCGAAUGAACAGGUUCUCAAAGGGCUCGGCUUUUUGAUGUCUUAUGAUAUCAUUGAUCAACAUGGAAUCGACCUCGCAAGCUAAAUUAGAGAACCGAGACCUCUUGAAGCUAAGACAUGCAAGAUAUAAAAGUUUCCGUCGAACGUUAGGUGUAACUAUUGGCCGUAUGUCGGUGCAUUACUAAGUUUCCGUAACUUAGUAUUGAACAGUAUGUUAUUUAUGAUAGUUGACAUGGCCAUUCUGUGUAAGAAGUACAGCCGAUGCACAUCUAUAUUUUUUGUCAGGUUGACAGAUAUUAAUGCAUUUUGAUCCUGUAACUGGUUGCUAUACCAAGUCUAAUUAUGACUGGAUUUAGCUUAAACUAGUCCUUUUACGAUUAUUAUUCUUCAUAGAUAUUGCUUCUCUCUACUAUGUAUCGUAUUCAGAAAAGCACAUACGGUAUACAUAUCAAUGUAUAAUUAUCGACAUAACAAAACAAUUCUCCACAGUCUACAACCUGUGGUUCAUCAAAUAAUGAUGGAGAGGAAUAGGUUUAUUCAAACAAUAAUAAUAAAAGAGAACUACAACAUAUAUUAUAGAGCAGAAAACAAUAUAGGGUCUAUUAAAUGUUCAUAUAAGCAAAUUACUCACGCCUAUUACUCCUCAUGGUACAUAGGAUACUGACCCAGAAUCUCCAACCAACUCUGUCAUGGGCUCUCCUUUCCAUUUGUAUUCAAGUGCUAUUCAUUCUUUCGAUGUUUGCCUCCAAUUUCCAGCUCAAUAUGUCCUUGAGUCUGUCUCUUCCUUUUUCCUUCAGGAUUGCAAGUUAGCGCUUGCCUCGUGCUGCAGUUUGAUGAUGUCCGUAGUAUGACCUAUCCGUCCCCAGCAUCUUUUCCUUAUUCCUUCCUCAGCUAUAGUCUGGUUUCUUCUAUACCAGAAUACUGAUGGUGUCUGGCCAACAGAUCUGGUGUAUCUUGCAUAGACAACUAUUGGUAAAUACCUGUACCAUUUUGAUGAUGGUUGUGUAGUUGCUAUACAAGUUUCAGCCCCGUACAGCAAAACUGUCUUGACAUUUGUAUUGAAUAUUCUGACUUUGAUGUUGGCUGAUAGUUGUUUUUAGUUCCAGAUGUUCUUCACCUGUAGGAAUGGUGCCGUUGUUUUGCCAAUUCGUGUCUUCAUACUCUCAUUAACCCUCCUUGUUUAUCCUUAUACACAAUCUUUCUUUUAUAUAUUACUACAACUGAAUUAUCUAGAUCUAUGAAUUUGGUGUUCAUCUUGUUGUGCUAAUGAGGUGUGGCAAUUUGGACCGAUGCAUAUAUGUGCCUGGUCAUACGUCGUAGCUGACUAACUAUCAACGAUGCUUCCCAUAUACGUAUAGGUUUCCGCCUCUUUCAGAGCUUCUCCAUCAAGUGUGAAUUGGUUGGGGUUGACUGUGUCACAUGUGAAGACCUUUCUGUUUUUUCCCUUGUUAAUGUUGAAACUUGCUGGUGCUAAACUGUCUGUUUUCACGUGGAUUUGUUGCUGUGUACGGGAUAGAGGGACUAGGCGAUCUGCGAAGUCCAAACUGUCUAGCCGCAUGCAAGCUGUCCAUUGUUUUGAGUGCUUUUUCGGAAAUAUGGAAAUCUUCAUAGUCAUGUUAACCACUUGAAAGAAGAGAAAAGGUAAGAACAGUCAGCCUUGUCUAGCACUGACUUACACCCGGUAAGCAUCUGUGAGCUGCCCUCCAUGCAUGACUUUUUUGUGUAGUGCAUCAUAAGAAUUCCGUAUGAUGUUGACGAUCUCAGGUACAUGAUACUGUUGAAGAAGGUUGCAUAAGGUUAUCCUAUCCACGCUGUCAAAUGCGUUCUCAUGGUCAAGGAAGUUGAUGUAUAGUGAUGAGGUCUAUUCCGUUGUUUGUUCAACAAUGAACCGUUUGUUGCAAUGUAGUCGGUACAUAAUCGAUCCUUACGAAAGCCAGCCUGUUGAUCUCGAUGCUGUUGGCCUUCUGAGUCUUCCAUUCGGUUCAGUAACACUAUCGCUAACUUUGCUUGGUACUCAUAGUGAUGUGAUGUCUGUGAAGUUCUCACGCUUACUAGGAUAUCAGGAAAUAUCGUGAAUAAAUUCGACCGCAGAUCAACUGUCCCGAAUAAAACAUUUCAAAGAGAUGAUGCAUAUAAAGAAGAACAGACCAUAGAAAGCCAAAAGAUACUAUUGAAAUUGGAAGAGAGAUUUGGAAUAUCAAACUCGGAUUAUACAUAGAUGACAUAAAUAGUUGAUUAUGACACUUAACCAUCACACAUUGCUGUUCAAACGACAUAAAUAGCUGAAUAUAACAAGCUACUUACUAGUAAUAGGUAGUAUCAUCACAAUCAAGUUAAAAUGAAAUUAGACAAUGAUGAGCAUUAAUUCUUCAUGCAAAGAUACUAAGAUAAAGGGGAUGUCAGUACAAACCUUAUAAAUUUUAUAAAUAGUCAGUGGUUGAGGGGAAGUU